UAUAUUAUACUCUGUGUUUUAGUGCACUGUUUGGAUAUGUAGUGCUGUAGUAUGCGAUUUCGGGUGUAGCCUUUGGGUUGAACGAGUGAUGGGCGUGGCCUGUCACUCGAGUGGGCGGGGUCUGAUUGUGCCAUGCGAGGUGCGUUUUACUAUCUUUCAGUCCCUUCGACCAAUGAGCCGAAUAACCCGAUCAGAUAGGCGGAUACGCCUUCCCCUAAGGUUGCGCCCGCCUCGUAUCACUGCGUGUGUAUUUUUUUCCCAUCCUGUUUUUUUUUGGUAACCGUAGCUGGAUGUGUAGGACGUCAUAUGUUUUUUUUUUUCCCCUCCUUUUCACUCCAGCCACUGAGCGAUAUGGGUUAUUUACUGUUUAACAGCUCCGGAUACGGGACGCGACGCUCAGUGCAGGGAGAGAGAUAAUAUCCGCGGAGACUUUACAACUUGAAGCAAAGUGAGAGUUUUUGGGUUUGUUUGUUUGUGUUUUUUUUUUUUUUUUUUACAGCACCGGAAGGAUGGCGAGUCCGCCGCCAGCGGUCGGACACUCGCUUUCCAAUGUGAACGUGAACAAUGUUAAAAAGUGCGGCUACCUGAAGAAGCAGAAACACGGCCACAAGCGCUUCUUCGUGCUCAAGGCGCAGACUGAGGGCUUCCCCGCGCGCCUCGAGUACUACGAGAGCGAGAAGAAAUGGAGGAACAAGGCGGCUGCUAAGCGGAUCAUACCACUGGACUCGUGCCUGAACAUCAACAAGCGAGCGGACGCCAAGCACAAGCACCUCAUCGCAUUGUACACCAAGGACGAGUACUUCGCCGUGGCUGCAGACAACGAGCAGGAGCAGGAGAGCUGGUUUGGUGUCCUAACGGAUCUGAUGAACGAGGGCCGGGCGUGCGAGGGAUCGGCGUCUCACUCGGCUUCUUCACUGCUCGGGUUUGACGAGGCGAGCUACGGGGUGGUGACGCCGCUCAGCGCCGCGUACAAGGAGGUAUGGCAAGUGAACCUGAAAUCCAGGGGACUCGGACAGACCCGGAACCUGACCGGGGUGUACCGGCUGUGCUUGUCGAGCCGCACGAUCAGUUUUGUGAAACUCAACACGGAUGUCGCGUCUGUGAUUCUGCAGCUGAUGAACAUCCGGCGCUGCGGUCACUCGGACAGUUUCUUCUUCAUUGAGGUGGGCAGGUCAGCCGCCACGGGCCCCGGUGAGCUGUGGAUGCAAGCAGACGACUCGGUGGUGGCGCAAAACAUCCACGAGACUAUUCUGGAAGCUAUGAAGGCUAUGAAGGAGCUGAUGUGCGAGUUCCGGCCGCGCAGCAAAAGUCAGUCAUCGGGCACGAAUCCGAUUUCAGUACCCGCGAGGCGGCAUUUAAAUCACUUACCGCCGAGUCAGACGGGACUGCUGCGGCGAUCUCGCACUGACAGCGCGGCCGCUUCGUCGCCCGGAGCCAAAUUCACGUCAUGCCGAAUGCGCGCGGCGAGCGAGGGGGACGGCACGACGACGCGGCCGGUGUCUCUGUCAGUAGCAGGAAGUCCUGUCAGUCCCGGAAUAAACCGCACACAUCUGAGCCGAUCCAACACUGUGGCAGCCCGCCCUUGUAGGACGUUUGAAACCCCCUCUCUCCAGCCUAGUAAGUCCAUGUGCAUGCCCGUGUCUCAUUCCCCUCCCUCAGUCGAUGCCAGUCCCGUUAGUGUGCCCUCGAACGGUGCCCGCCCAGCCAGCUGUACAGCCUCCAUCGCCGGCUCACCCAGCGAUGCCGGCUUUAUCUCCUGCGACGAGUGCGCUUCCAGUCCAGGAGAUGCACCCCACAACUUAACGGCUCACCGCAGCUCUACGCCAGAGUCUUUUGCCGAGACGCCUCCCUCACGGGAUGGCAGUGACUUGUACGGCUACAUGAUCAUGGACAAGCAGGGUGUUUUUGCACAUAGCCACAGGAGACGUAGUACCCGCAUGGUGGACGAGGGUGUCAGGGACCUAGAGAAAGCCUACAGAAAGAGGACGUACUCUCUCACCAUGCCUCACCAGAAGAGAGUGCACUCACAGCUGUCUUCUGCCUCGCUGGACGAGUACACACUCAUGAGGGCCACUUUCAAAAACGCUGGGCAUUCAGGACGCAGUUCGCACACUGCAUCCCCUAAAGUUGCGUACCCUGAGGAUUAUGGUGAUAUUGAAAUUGGAUUCUCACAAAAAAGCUCCAGUAUUAAUCUAGGUGAGGAUGGUUACAUGCCAAUGACACCAGGCGUGGCACCGCCGGGUAGUAAGAUUGAAAACUACAUGCACAUGAGCCCCAUGUGUGUCUCCGCCCCAAAGCAGAUCAUCAACCCUAGGACACACCCCCUUACUGUGGCCAACGGCUACAGGACCAGCCCGCCCUGCAGCUACUCUCUGGAUGACAGUGGCUACAUGAAGAUGCUGUGUAGCUCCAAACUCUCUGUGGACAGCUCAGAUGGGAAACUGGCCAACACUGAGUACCUCAACAUGUCUCCUGUAGACCCGUGCGUGUCCGACACGCCCCCAGAUUACUUCCCCACUACUGUGGGUGGCAUAGAACAGCAAACUUCUCUCAGACAGCCCUUCUCUUACAGCUCUCUUCCCCGCUGCUACAAACCCCAGCAGAAGACAGCAGAUAAUGGUGACAGCGAUCAAUAUGUCCUCAUGAGCCUACAAAACUGGAAAAUUGUGGAGGAGCCAGAGAAGGCAGCUCCCAAAAUAACUCCCUCUCCUCUGAAGCAAAGCAGAGCUGACAACUUGCUCCACAGAUCCAGGAUCAGCCGACCUACGCGCCUGCCACUGGAUUUGGUUCAUACGCUGCCUAGCAUGAAUGAGCACCCUUUGCCCUCUGAACCCAAAAGCCCUGGUGAGUACAUAAACAUAGAUUUCAGCCAUGCCGGCUUGAGGUACUCCCCACGCUCCACAGAGAGCCCUGCUUCCUCCAUCAGCUCCUCCAGUGAGCAGAGGAGGUCCCUUCUUUCAGACUACAUGAACAUUAACAUAAGUUUGGAGUCACCCAAGUCUGGAGAUGCUGCUCCAUUCAGCCCUCUCGAUGCCAUGCCGGAUCUGGCAGUCUGUCCCACCCCAUGUGAGGAGGAGGGAGGAAUAAAUGGUUACAACCUCAUAUCACAGGUGGAACCCUCAUGCCAGGCUGGCAUGGCGAAGGACGAUUACACUGAAAUGACAUUCUGUGUGUCCGCUUCUCCUCCUCAGUCUACAUCUCAGGCCACUGACUGUACCAAGCCUGCCAGCCCAUCAUCCUGCGCACGGAGGUUAAAUUUGACUGACUCCAUGGGGAUACGACCGGUUGAGUCAUUCCUGCUGGGUGGCACCGCCCCGCCCCUAGUAGACCCAGACCGGGGUGCCAAGGUGAUACGUGCGGACCCCCAAGGACGAAGGCGACACAGCUCGGAAACCUUCUCCUCCACCACCACCGUCACGCCCGUUUUCCCCUCCUUCGCACAUGAUGCAAGACGGCACGGCUCAGCCUCCGUGGAGAACGUCUCUGCUCUGGCGAGGAACAGCGAUGGCUUAGAAGAGGAGUACGGCAGUCCCAUGUGCAGAGAGACAUCAGCGGGCUUUCAAAAUGGACUUAACUACAUCGCCUUAAACCUUAUGGACGAAGGACUGGCCAGUUGCGAUGCUCUGGUUAGAUUCAAAGCUGCCAGCUGCUGCAAAGGGAGCAUGACUGCAAUAUAUGCCAGUCUCUAUGGAUUCAAGGACACAGCAACAGCAGUAAAAGACUAAACAGAUCCGGACUCCAUUCCUGCUAUGGUUCCUCAGUUCUUCCUCGGGACCAGGAGGUACAAGGUGGUAGGAGGAGAGGUGGCCCAUGUGGACAGAUGGGCCACACUGCUGCCGCUGUUGCUGCUGCUUCAACUCUCGCCUGAUCUUUGACCCCUGAACUUGUAUGAAUGGCUAUCGUCAUGGCAACAUAGACACUUGACCUGCUCUUUGCCCCAGUGACGUGGUCCUCUAUCUCUGUGCUGCUCUGAAAAUGACUCAGACUUUUGACAAAAACAAAAGGCUGGACCACACAUCUGUCUGUGUGUCACUCCUCACUCACUCCCCUCUAGAGUCUACAGUUCUUCUUCUUCUUGUUUAUGCUCCACUGGUUUUUGUUCAAGUGCUCUGAAUGUUAAGAAGGCCAGUGUUCCCAACAUGCAAAAACCUGUGACUCAAACCUGGAGUGUACCAUCUGCACAUACUCACACAAGUGUACACACGCACACACAAACACAAACAAACAAACAUUGGAUACCUGCAUAACCACACGUUGCACAAUGCACGUAUUUAUUUAUUUAUAUGUGUGCAUUAAGAGGUGUUUUGAAUGUGUGUGUGUGUGUGUGUGUGCACAUAUGGAUGGUUGCAGCACUGCAUCAAGGUGGCAUUUCAUCACAAUCUUCACCAGUUAACUGAAACAAGUAGUUGCUUGAAAAACCCUACCUCAGAUUAAAGCCAGGUUUUGAGUUGCAUAUGGAAAAAAAUAUAAAUAUAUAUUAACAAAAAAAACUAUUUAUUUAUUUUCAGUGCUGAAUGUCAUAAGAAAAAAAUGCCAAUCCAAAGCCUUACUGACUGUCAAACAGUGUUUUCUUUUGUUACGGAAAUUUGUUAUGGACCUAUACACAUUUACAAAGUAUCAAAGACCGACUGCUCGCCAUGGAAACCGAAUGUCUCUAAGUGCAGUAGAAGUGGCUUUCACCAUGGAUAGUGACUUCUGCAAUCAAAGAUUUCUUAUAUUCCUGUUCUUAUUCUAAGUAUUACACAGAUAUUUAAAGGAUAUUAAUAUAAUUCUAUUUAUGAGUGCUGGUAAAGGACAGGGGAAGCAGCGUGACGCUGCCUUACACACGUACACAUAUGCAAAGCAGGCUCUUUGAGAAGAAGAUUAGUUUGGAACGAAGUCAGCCAGACAGAAACAGAUAUACUCCUCAUGCACACUUAAGACAUGCGCGAAAUGUGUCUUUGUGUGUGAGAGAGUGAGAAAGAGUGGGUCUACCACAUAGGCACCAAAACACACUUUAACCCACCAAUGUUGGAUGGGUAAUGAUGGGUAAUGACCCAGUAAUGACUCCUGCUGCCUCACCCUUAUCAACCAUGAAAUAUCUUUACUCUUUAUUCGCGGCCUUUCCUUUGCUUUAGACCAGGGCAGCCAGUUCCAUGUGCUCUGUUCUGAUUGGCUCUGAGGUACACUGGUGGAGCAGUUGGUUAAUGGGACAGACACAUUUCAGGGACAUUUUGGGAGGCUUUAAAGCAUUGCUGCUGCACCGUAGUGUCAGACGGGGACCGUGUCUGUGCUAGUGCUUUGUCUCGCACUUGCAAACUUUUUCGAUUGUAACACAAGACAAAUUUGAAUGUAGAGUAUUCUGCAGCUCCCUACAAGCAAAGCAAAGCAAAACGAAACAAGAACCAUUCAAAAGUAUGACCGUCACAAAACAAAAACACCAAAACAAGCGAAAUGAAACUGACACAUGUGACUUGUUCAAGUAUAUCAAAUGUUUGCCUGGAAACUUGUAAAUAAUGUAUAUAAUAAUAAUAAUAAUAAUAAUAAUAAUGCAACUGAUGUACAGUUGUGACCUUGGAAAGUUUUUUUUGUUUUUGUUUUUUUAUUUAAAGUUAAAGAUAAUACAUUUAUGUACGUGUACAUACACAGUAUAUGUUUAAAUGAAUUUCCCCCAAACGCUAAAGCACUAAUGAAGGUACUGGCCAAACACCAAUGUUUGACCUGGAGGUUUUCUUUUCUAAUUCUUUGCUAUAGGUUUGUAAGUGUGCACAAACCGCAAGAUGAAUGCCACUAAGGAAAUAUUUUAUACUGCUGUAACAUUGCAAAAAAACAAACAAACAAACAAACAAACAAAAAAAAACAAACAAAUACAAUUUAAAAGUACUUGAUAUGAGAGGUCUAGCUACAUAGGUACAAAUUAACAUAUGGCAUAUGCAAUAUUUACAUUUUUUAAAGAUUAGUUUACAGAAAGAAACCAAAUGUAUAAAUACUGUGUUCAUAAAGUUUGAUAAAACCUUAAAACUGAUGGGAUUGUUUUGCUGUACACAUUUUUUUCAGCCAACUUUAAACGAAAACUUUGCUGUUUUUCUUAUUGGAUAUUACCAGUGAUUUGAGCAGUGUUCUUAUUCUGAUGAUUUGUUUUUUCUCAGUAUGGAAAAGAUGACUAUUUUGAGCCUUGGUUGAAAUUAUUAGGAUGUUGGGUUUUUUUUGGUCUUCCAUUGUAUAUAUUUCAUAUGCUACACAUUGUGAUGCUAUUAAGAGAUAAUUUAAUCUUAGUGUAGUUAGUGUUGCUUUGGAAGCUGUAAUGAUUCUGAAUAGCCACAUGCAAUAAAACAGUAACGUUAUUUAAGAAA